UUAAAUUAAUAUUUAAUAGUAUUUAUAAGUUUUUUUUGGAAAUUAUUACUGUCUCAGUUUGCUAAUACUCACAGUAGUAAAUGUAAUAAUUGAGCACACAUUUAUUCACCACCUGCCACAUCACCAAACAACAAUUAAUCAAGAGCACUAAAUUAUUUCACAAUCACAAAGCACAGUAAUUGAAGUGUUCAAGAAUGUCACAGCUUUCGGAGAUAUUAUCUGUUCAAAGGAGUCUUGAGGAGAACUUCACCCGGAAGAUGGAUGAACUUGGUGCACAAAUUCAGGCUGCAGGACCCGCUAAAGAUACUGUGGCUAAGAUUGCAGAGGAGUUCCGGGCAUUUAGAGAGCUCAUCUACAGUGUCCUUGGAUUGCUCAGGAAACAAAUUGCCGAGUGUCUUCUGCAUAUUGAUGGCCUGGAGAUGAGGCACCGAAGGAAGGCUCUAAUUUUCCAAGGAGUUCCUGAAGCAGACACUGAGGACUGUACUGCCACAAUAUUGAGCAUACUCAAUGGUAAAUUGGGUCUCAAAGACAUUGCAGUUCCAAGUAUAAAAUUGGCACAUCGGCUCGGCAGUCCCGGUAAGGAUCAUCCAAGGCCAAUCCUUGUGAGGUUUUCUGGAUUAGAUGUCAAGACAGCAGUAUGGAAGGCGAAGACUGGCUUGAAGGGGACCAAAAUCUCAGUGAAGGAGUUCUUGACUAAGACCAGGCAGUCCAUCUUCACCAAGGCCAGGCAGCACUUCGGUAUGCGAUCAUGUUGGUCGCAGGACGGUGUGAUUGUCGUCAGGACUUCAGAUGGGACCCGGCAUAGGAUUUCUUCAUUGGAAGAACUGAUACCGCUUCUGGAGAAGUACCCGGUGAAGUCUAAUGCAUCCUCGACUGAUUGAUCUGAAAACACUUGUGCAUUAGGUAUGUGACGACUGGCAUUUCUCAAUAUGUAAUUAUCAUAUUUAUACUCACGUUUUCCUCAAUUUUCUUCACAGUGGAUGUUUAGAUCUACUUUCCUUUGGAUUAUUUUGUUAUUUUAGUUAGUGUAAUGUUACUUCGUGUAUCUCUUGUUGUUUAAGUUCACUUAUUUUAUUCUAAUCUUAGUUUACCCUCUAGAAAAUAAAUAUUAUUCGUUCCUAUUUUGUUAAAUCUCAAAUCCUUUUAGAAUGUCAAACUAAGUAAUGUCAGAUAUGUCAUGUGUCAAACAUGCAUAGUCACACU